AUGCUGAGCCCUGUGGGGAUCUUAAUGAGCCUCCUCCAGCAGCGCAGCGCUCCGGACGUGUUUGCUGAAGGAUUUAUCCGUGGCUGGAUUAGAACGCUCGCCGACUGCGUGUUGGUUUUGACCCAAGAGGGAACUGUCCGUGCUGCAGAAAUGUCCACACAGCUUGAGCUGCAGAGAAAGUUGUGUCUUCUCACCGUAGCCUUCAGCUCAAGUCCAGACCACACAACCAGACGCUCUUCCAAAGCUCCUGGAGCAGAGCAGCGCUUAAGCCCACGCCGCCCCACCUCUCCACGGCCCCUAGCGGCUCCCACACAUCAAAGCCCGGGGCGGGGAGGGUCCGUCCGUAGCAUCACGGCAGACAAAGGAAGCGAUUAA